UCAUGAUGCUGGCUGGGGGGAAGCCUAAAGGUUUUUCUCGAGAACUUAAUAGUAGUGACCCAGAGGGGCACCGGAAAUUGCGCAGGUUUUUGGGGAGUCAAGUGACAACUGUUAGUGAGGAUGAGACAUAAAAAUGAUACAGUGUUCUUUCUUAUCAUCCAUCUACAGUCUGGGUUCUGCUGAUGAGACGUUGACAUCAACACAGACACCCCGCUGGGUAUAUGACCAGCUUGCAGUGAGUCGAGAGAGCAUUUUCAUGUUUUUCCAUCCACUGGACAUUUGGCGAGGUUGAGGACAAUUUAGGCUAUUGGACAACAGCAAACAUGAAGCGUGGAAUUUACAAGACAAACAUCUGUCGCAGUGUCUGCUUGGAUUUGAAUGGACUUAUGAAGUAGCCUAAAGAACGGCUAUCUAAAAAAGAACAAAUAGCGUGUAUUUGAUAGCCUACUUCUGGAUUGGAAACAUGAACGAUACACGUAAUUCAUCUACACAUACGUUGCCUGACAAGACAGCUGAAGCGAUGGCUGUACCCGUAUUAAUGUUUGCAGUUGGUGUCAUUGGAAAUAUAAUAGCAAUAGCCGCUCUUUCUGGAUCGAAGCAGGAGCGCAAAUCCUCCGCGUUCUUCGCCCUAGUUUGUGGUUUGGCUGUGACGGAUCUGCUUGGGACUUGUUUGGCCAGCCCAAUCACUAUAGCAACUUACCUCAAUGAAAAUGUGUUAUAUGAUAAUACUAACCUUUGUGAAUUCCAUUCCUUUUUGUUGCUGUUCUUCGGAGUGGCUGGGCUAAGUAUUAUAUGCGCAAUGUCUGCUGAGCGCUACCUCGCGAUAUGCUGCCCUUACACUUACCAAAGAUGGGGAAUUGACCAACAUUUUGCACGCAAGUGCUUGUUUUGCAUUUAUCUCAGCAACAUUGCAUUUUGUUGUCUCCCAGUGAUGGGUAUGGCUGGAAGCAUUUGUCAGCCCUCCAAAACGUGGUGCUUCAUCAACUGGAGGGCUGAUAAGACACUGCCUGCAACAUAUUCGUUUUUAUAUGCCAGUGUGAGUUUUUUACUGAUAUUGAUGACGAUAGUACUCAACUUUGCAGUUUGUGGCAAUCUGUUGAUAAUGCGUCGCAGGAAAAUCCAAAGUCCAGUUACAAGAGGGAGCGCACGGGCGCGCUGGAAAGCGCUUUCUUCCGGCGUGGAAGCGCAAAUGAUGACGGUGCUCAUGGUGACCUCCGUGGUUGUUUUAGGUUGCUCAGCGCCGCUGGUGGUACGCGUAUUUUCUAACCAGAUAACAUGGACCGAGAAUUCCCAUGCAGAUUUGAUGGCUAUUCGGAUCGCCUCGGUCAACGCGAUCCUUGACCCUUGGAUCUACAUCCUCCUGAGAAGGACUUUGUUCCGUAAGAUUCAGAGAUUCUCUAAAGUGUUUUACAUUGGUCGCAAAGGCAAAGCACCCAUGUUGCCAGUAAAAUCAUCACAAAGGACAUUCCACUACCAAGGAGACAUUACAAACACCCAUGUAUUCACACCUCUGUGAAGAAUUCACCUGCCCGCCACAGUCGCCUAGUGCGCUCACGUCACCCAGGUGGGACAAAGCUUGCCAUUUCUCCCCACAAGUUGUCCGAUAUCCAGUCUCACAAUGUGUUCUGUCGAUAUAAUUGAUGAUGGGUGGCAAUUCACCUGUUUUAAAUAUAUAACUUUCAAAAACAGUAGAUUAAUUAAACAAAUUAACCAUGUAACAGUUCAAUUAUAGAUAGUACUAUGGGCUCAAGCAUUUGGCUCAAUCACAGCUAUGUAUACGUUUUACACAAACAAUAAAUAUGACAUUGUGAAGUUAAAGAGAUCCGUUUGUAUAAACACCAGGUGUGUUUAGUGCUGCUAACCAAUUCAGACUUUUUAAGUUCAUUGGUAAUAUCAAUGAGCAAAGAGUGGGUCUACGGAAUGAUUAGGUUUUGAGUCUGUUUAGUGUUGGCCUGAGAUGACCCCUUGUUUUUCCCCAUUGUGGGCACAGAGAGGUUGUUCAUUACUUGGUUAAAGGUCCAAUGCAGCCGUUUUUAUCACAAUACCAAAUAAUUUCCGGACAACAAUUAAGUACCUUACUGUGAUUGUUUUGAAUUAAAAUGGUCAAAAAUGAACAAAAAUAACUUCUUAGCAAAGAGCAAUUCUUCAAGCAAGAAUUAUGCUAGGACUCUCUGGGAUUGGUCUGAGCAGGGAGGCUCUAACGGAAAACUAGCUAUUGGCAGAAAGGUUUCGAACUCUCUUUCUUAUUGGUCUAUUUGGUGAUGUCACCAGGCAGACCAAAAUUGCAUCCCACCCAAACAGGCAGAAAUUUCAGACGGCCUUUUCAAACAGCUCUUACACUAAAAGGGCAUUAAACAUAAUUUUCACAAUUUUAAAGUUUUAUUCCAACCUUAUAGUGUGGAAAUAUAUAUAAAACACAAAAAAAAUCAAGUUUUUGUUUGCACUGAGCCUCUAACCAAGACCCUUGUUGACCCUCAUCACCCUUAGCGGUGUUGGCAGAAAGCGGAUGUUACAAGAUCAGGGAUACUUCUCUUUCCCCUGAAAAACGGAAGUGGGGACUUCACUUAAAUAUGGUUUUUACCAGAGGUGGCGCCUCCCCUUCACAACGAAUCACGCCAAUACUUUUAUUUUCUUAAAACUUGCAUAAAGUAGAGCAGAGCUCAACUUUUUCUACCGCUCUGCUAGCAGGGUUCUCGCUGCUCACCUUCCCACAAUCUCCCUCACAUUUCUCUGUGUUCCCUCAUUGAAAAUGAAAAGGGGGAAAAACUUCUUCUGCCGAAUUCACUGUUGGUGAAAACCCACUGUCAGGCAUCAUUCUAUCCCUGUUAUGUUAUGUUAGGUUACUGUGCCAUAGACCCUUGAGGGGCUAAUGGAUCAAGCUCAAAUGCAGUUAAUGCACAAGAUGUAGUUUAAUCUCCUGGAUCUACUCUGUACCCUGAAGGGGCAACAAACGCAAAGUAACAGACAUUUCACAUCAGACACUUUGGUGUCUCUUCUGCAGAGUUGUAAACAACCUCAGAGGAGCAGGAUGUGUCCAAGUGUUUUUCUCAAAACUUUGGACUGAAUUCUAAACACUGUCCAGCAACUAUACUUGGGACUGCAGUUACUCUCAAAAAACGGGCGUUGAACUUUGUCAUGGAGGUUAUGGGAGAGAGACUCCCCAGGGAGUUUCCCUAGGUUGUGUUCCUAUUUUCUACCCUUCACCCAGAAGUGUGCACUUGUUCACUUCCACUCAUGCAUUUAAAAGUAUUGGAUUGAUGAAAGCGGCUGGGGGGACUUUCCACCUGUUCCUUUUAAAGGGAUGUACUGGCACAAAUCAACGUUUAUUGGUCACGUACAUACACAGUUCAGCAGAUGUUAUAGCAGUUGCAGUGAAAUGCUUAUGUUGCUCCUAACAUGCAGUAAAAUGGCAAACAAGUAUCCAAAUAAUGAAAAUAUUCUUUAAAAAGUACAGCAAAAUCCAAUUAAUAACCCAAAUAGCACUAACAGUAAUCAAAAUGCAAUCUAUACAUAUGUACCAUAGACAUUAAAAUCAGGUUUGUACACCAGCAGAAUUUACACAAUAUAUACUAAGAAUGAUAUGUACAGCAGUAUAUAUAUAUUAGUGAGCUAUGUCAAGAAUCCAGUAUAUAAAUAAAUAUGCAGUGUGUAUAAACAGUGUAACCAAAUCAAGUACAGUAGUAGAAGUAUUAGAAUAAGCUAUGCCGGGGAUAUACAGUAUUUAAAUACUCUGUGUGAAACAGGUAGUGUCCAAUGUUUCAAUGUCUCUAUGACAUGGGACAGCAGCGUUAGCUGUGUGUGUGUGUGUGUGUGUGUUUGUGAGUAUGAGGUGUGUGUGUGUGAUAGCUUGUGUGAGUGAGCAUUACCUGGUUGACGGUUAGUGAUGGCUGUUCAACAAUCCGAUGGCCUGGUAAUAGAUGCAGUUUUUUGUCUCUCGGUCUUGGCACUGAUGCACCUGUACUGAUUCCGUCUGCUAGAUGAUUGCUGAGUAAACAGUCCAUGGCUCAGGUGACUGAGGUCCUUAAUGAUCUUCUUGGCCUUCCUUUGACUCCGAGUGCUGUAAAUGUCCUGGAGUGCAGGCGGUGUACCACCGGUGAUGCGUUGGGCUGACUGCAACACCCUCUGGAGAGCUGUGUGGUUGAGGGCGGUGCAGUUGCCAGACCAGGCAGUGAUGUAGCCCAACAGAAUGUUCUCAGUGGUGCAUCUGUAGAAGUUCCAUCCAUAAUCUCAUCAGCCGCUGUUGCGCCUUCUUCACCACGGUGUUGGUGUGGUGAGACCAUUUCAGGUCGGCUACCCUCACCACCAGUAGUCGGCCAGUCAGUCACACAGGGAGGAGAUUAGACCUAAGGCCCUGAGCUUAGUGACGAGCUUGGUGUUAAAAGCUGAGUUAUAGUUGAUGAACAGCAUUCUCACAUAGGUAUUCCUCUUGUCCAGGCGGGACAGCGGGAUGUGCAGUGCAACAGCGACUGCGUCUUUUGUGGAUCUACAUGCAUAUUGUAAUGGUUCAAGGGUGUCGGGUAUGGUGAAGGGGAUAUGGUCCUUGACUAGCCUCUCAAAGCACUUCAUGAUGACAGAUAGUAAUUUAGUUCAGUGUGCUUCUGUACAGGAACAAUGGUGGCCAUCUAGAAGCAAGUUGGAUGACAGAUUGGGAUAUUGAGAGGUUUAAAAUGUUCGUAAACACUGGUCUGCGCAUGCUCAGAGAACGCGGAUUGGGAUGCCAUCUGGGCUGGUAGCCUUGUGAGGGUUAACAUGUUUGAAGGUCCUACUCACGUUGACUACAGAGAUUGGGAGCCCAGUCUUCGUGAGCAGUGGGGGACCAUGUCAUCGACUCUGUGUUGUUUUCCUCAAAGCAGCCGAAAAGUGUGUAUACUUUGUGAGAAGGUUAGAGUGGAACAGCCCAUACGAAAAAGUAAUAUAUGACAAUAAUUAUCUAAUCAAGAUAUGUUUAUUUUUCACAUUUUUUUUAUUUUAAUUUUUACACAUUUUGUAGAUCGUUGACAAAAAAAUGACAAUUAAAUCCAUUUUAAAUCCCACUUUGUAACACGAUAAAAAGUGGGAAAAGUCAAGGGGUGUGAAUACUUUCUGAAGACACUGUAUAUGUCCCUUAUGUCACAAUACCUGCAUUAUUUCAGUGAUACUUGUAGUCAUAGUACUUGUAGCCAUGGUAAUAAAACAUUAGAACAAACACAAAACAAUAAAAACUUAAUUUCAUCCUAUUCAUUAAAUGUUUUUCUCUCAUCACUUCUUAAUUCAGCCAUUUCACUGUUGCAAGCCAUUCCCUUUGUUACACCCGGGAAGCACUCUUGCCAGCAUCUAUGGAAGGAAGCAACAAAUAGAAGAUAGAGCACAUAGAACAGUUAAUGGUUGGGUUUGGGCUCAUAAAUUAAGAGAUAAUCUUUUUUUCAAUUAAAAAAAAAAAAUAUAUAUCAGAUUCAGUUUAAUAAGAAAUCCUUGACCAUUAAUGCCUUAUUUGCAAUGACUGAUUUAUACAUUCAAUUAAGGGAUUAACUUUUUAACAAAUUAUAGUCAGUCAUAUGGUUCCUUACCCUGAAAGUAGAAACUGUAAUCCAUGGUUAGAGUUGUUAACUUGAGAGGAUUUGGCCACAAACAUUGAAUUUAGUCUAAUUGCCACCAUAACCUAUAUCAUGUUUUUGUUAGCCAUCUGACUUUAAGGUGUAAAAAGUGAAAUUGACCCCAAUCCAUGGUUAGAGUUGUUAACUGUUAUGGGGUAUACAUUUUUAGAGGGAUACCGUGAGAUUUCGAUGAACUCAUCAAUACCAUUUUUAUGUCUCUGCGGGCAGUUGCAUCUGUUUCAAUGGCACCGUCUCUGUGCUUACAGACGCCAUAAUGAGACAGAUACAAUGUUUGCGAACUCUGUACAUAUCUAUGUGCCAACGGGACAGAGAAUGAGGAAGUGGAUAGAAUGUUUCAAAUUAUUAUUAGUAAAAUUAAUAAAAUGUAUAAAAUAUUUAUUACUAUGUAUAGCUUUGUAAGACUAUAAAUGACCAACCACACAGCUUUGGAGUAGUUAGAUCUAUUUCCAAGUUUUUUUUCUCCAAGUUUCUUUUCUUCCAUUUCCCUGUUUGAGAGGAGCUGGCUACUGUGGGAGACUUUGCGCUAAGCUAACAAAAUGCUAACUUCAAUCAUCUCCAACUACUCGCAGACACAUACAAAUGGUUUCCAUUAGUUCGUAUGACUCUGGGUCAUUUUAAAAAAGCAACCUAAAUCUUGAAAUAUAGCAGAAUCCCUUUAAGCCAUGUCAGUGUCUGAAAUCAUAUUCACCAUUCUUUCUGCCAUAAGUCAUUAAUAAGUCAAAUAUUUGUAUAUAUAUAUCAUGACAAUACCUGCACACUUAAAUGCUUUUUUGCAAUGGAUUAACAAAAACCUACUCACUUUUUUCAGGAUCUGUCGUUUUCUCCCCUUUUAGUUUUGCCACCUAGAAUUGUUCAAAUGAAAUAAGUUCAAUGUGUCCUAAAUAAUUAUCCGAAGUCAUAAUGACACAGCCAGAUAUUUACAUUUGAGUUAGGUCUAAAGAUAACGUUUCUGGCUUAGCUCUACAAUGCUAGAAAUAAUACAUUCCUAUACAUACUGUACCACAGCCCCAUAUAGUUAGAAUGAGUAAAACUGGCAUUCUCAUUUGAAAACAGUGUUGGUUUGGGUGAACAGCAAUUAGCCUCUUUCAUAGGCGAAACAUCUCCGGUUACCUGUUAUCCUUAUAUGUGCAUUAUGAGAUGGAGACCCCACAAAAAUGACCCAAUGUGAUUGACCACAAUGAAAUGCAGUUAGCAUCUAACCAGAAGUGCAAAUAAAAGAGUACAAAAAAAUGUACAACUGAAACAAUUAAAUAAUAUACAAUCUAAGUGGGAUGUAUACAUGUGCAAUGAAGGCAAAUUGAAAGUGCAAGGAGGCAUGCAACUGAAAUACAGGGAGAGCAGCAAUGAGGUUACCAAGGAGGCCUGCAACUGAAAUACAGGGAGAGCAGCAAUGAGGUUACCAAGGAGGCCUGCAACUGAAAUACAGGGAGAGCAGCAAUGAGGUUACCAAGGAGGCCUGCAACUGAAAUACAGGGAGAGCAGCAAUGAGGUUACCAAGGAGGCAUGCAACUGAAAUACAGGGAGAGCAGCAAUGAGGUUACCAAGGAGGCCUGCAACUGAAAUACAGGGAGAGCAGCAAUGAGGUUACCAAGGAGGCAUGCAACUGAAAUACAGGGAGAGCAGCAAUGAGGUUACCAAGGAGGCCUGCAACUGAAAUACAGGGAGAGCAGCAAUGAGGUUACCAAGGAGGCAUGCAACUGAAAUACAGGGAGAGCAGCAAUGAGGUUACCAAGGAGGCAUGCAACUGAAAUACAGGGAGAGCAGCAAUGAGGUUACCAAGGAGGCAUGCAACUGAAAUACAGGGAGAGCAGCAAUGAGGUUACCAAGGAGGCCUGCAACUGAAAUACAGGGAGAGCAGCAAUGAGGUUACCAAGGUAGACAUGUACAUGUACAACUGAAAAAUGUCCUUAAUCAGACUUUGUAAAGCAAUAUCAGAGUCGAGUAAUACAGUGAAGAGUGCAAAUAGAGUAAUGCAACAAGGUCCCUGAGAGGCAGUACUAAGCAGUGGGUGGGUGGAUAUAGCUAGUGCUGUGUCACAGAGUUCAGCAGGGUUACAGUAUCUGGAAAGAAACUGUUCUUGAGCCUGCUUAGUGCGGGAACGUAGAGACCUGUACCGUCUACCUGAUGGUAGGAGGGCAAACAGUUUGUAGCAUGGAUGUGAAGGGUCCCUGAUGAUGCCUCACGCCCUACGCAGACACCGCUUGCGCUGGAGGUUUACGAUGGCAGGGAGCUGGGCACCAGUGAUGUGCUGGGCGGUUUUCACCACCCAUUGCAGGGCCUUCCGGUCAGCCACGGAGCAUCCGCCAAACCACACUGUGGCGCAGUUAGUCAGAAUGCUCUCGACCGUGCAGCGGUAAAAGUUCACCAGGAUCUUGAGAGACCUGCGGGCCUUUUUCAGCCUCCUCAAAAAGUACAGGUGCUGCUGUGCCUUUUUGACCAGGGUUGAGGUGUUGAGGGUCCAGGAGAGGUCCCCAGAGAUGUAGACACCCAGGAAUUUGAAGCUGGGCGCACGCUCCACAAUACCGUCAAUGAGAACUGGGGCGUGGUUGCAGCUUUUAGACUUUCUGUACAAUGUGAUGCCAUUACCUUAUAGGCAGCCACAACUAUAGUGUGCAAAAAUACAUAUUCAUACUUUCAUAGGUUUCUGUGCAUUUUCAAACAAAAUAUAAACCUACUAUAGUUAUCUAUGCCAUCUCAAUCUAAUCUCAAAAUGAGACGACAAGUAUCAUCUACAGUAGAUACAAGAAACAAAGUAGUCAUAAUGUUGCCAAAUGCAAUUAGAAAAUAAUUAAUCUCUACGUGUGAGAUUUAUGUAUGGUUUUUAAAUACAUGCCAUGUAUAUUGUUUUAAUUCUGGAAUACAUUUCAAAGCAAUAAAUGCACUGAACAAGAACCUAAUGUUCAGAGUACAUUUUGCAUGAUGAAAAUACCAUGUUAUUUUUUUACAAUGGUGUAAAUUACUUGUGAAAAUAAUUUAAAGUACUACUUAAGUAGUUGUUUGGGGUAUCUGUACUCUUACUUCACUACAUUCCUAAAUAAAAUAAUGUACUUUUUACUCCAUACAUUUCCCUGACUCCCAAAAGUACUCGUUACAUUUUGAAUGCUUAGCAGGACAGGAAAAUGGUCCAUUCACACACGUAUCAAGAGAAUAUCCCUAGUCAUCCCUACUGCCUCUGAUCUGGUGGACUCACUAAACACACAUGCUUCAUUUGUAAAUUAUGUUUGAGUGUUGGAGUGUGCCCCUGGCUA